UCAUUAACAUGAUAACAGGGUGAGGGUUAACAUAACAUUAUACCCUUUUUUUAAUGUUAAGCAUUUUUUUUAUAUAAAUAACGAUUUGCAACUGAUUGAAAAUGCAUCUAUUGGUUGGAUAUUUAAUUGCAGUGCAGUUAACGUGUGCAAUAGGUCAAGGGAUGUUUGACUGGUACAGUAUAAACUCGUUUGGCAGUAACUCUGGAAGCAACUCACCUAUAAGGCGGGAGUACUCAGAAGGAGCUACCACUUCCUACACAGAACCUUCAAAUGGUAUCUCUAGAUCAAUCCUGAUAGGGUAUCUGGCAAACAUAUUGAGAGGCGGGCUUUACCAUGCUACUGAAAGCUACAGCGAUGACGUUCAAGACACGGUGCAGGACGUUGUUGAAGGCACAUGGGAUUUCGUGAAAGAGGUAACGGAAGAUGCCAGUGAAAGUGUUGAAAAUACAAUUGACACAUUUUCAGAGAUACUAGACGACCAUACGGAAGAUCGAUACGAAACACAAGCAGACACAAUGGACGAUUUUAUAGACAAUGUUGUAAAUGAUGACACGGUAGGCAACGUUUUUAGCGAUGUUGUUGAGAACACAGAUGAUUUAUAUUCAAACGACAAUUGGUCAAUGUUUGGUUUAUAUAACAAUGAUAUGAUGAACCAAGGUUUUAGCCUGUGGAACGACUAGAAGCUUAUUUUAGUUUUUGAGAACAAAACUUCAAGAGAAAAUCCAAUCCAUGUAAAUUAUAUUUUAACUUUACUCAGUAACUAGUUAAUUAUAUCAGGGCUAUUUUUGAAUUCGUAAAAAAAUGCUUAACGUGUAUAAGAGUUAUGUAAAUAUCAAUGUAAAUAGUAGCCAUAUACCUGUUAUGACAUAUCAUUAAGAAGUUCGAGUGAAACUCGUUUCAUUUGUUCCGUGUGUUCCCAAUUUAAACGCAGUACUGUAUGUUAUAAUGUUCAUGUUGUUUCUUUGUAUGGAAAUGUAUACAUCACUGUUUAUAUCUUUAUCAUUUUAGUUUGAAUCAAUUGCUGGCAAUAAAUGUGUUAAACGUGGGCAUAUACUGCAAAACUAAGAUUGAAAGCACUGCGAACUUUUAGCACAACGUCAAGCGUGAGACAUGUACAGCUGGCCUUAAGUCAGUCCGUACUUCGUGCACAUUGAAGUUAUUCUCUAUUGCUGAAGGUUUUAGCCGAGGUUUACACACUUCGCGUUUGCGCUUCGCCUUAAAGUAUGUCCAAAAUAUCAUAUCCUAAGAAAACAAUUCUUAAAAACUAUAUGUUUUGCCAUUGGCCAGCAAACCAAAGAUUGAUUAUACUCUUGUCCUCAGACAGCGGAAAAAAUAUGAAAAAUGUUAGUAAAUAUUUAUAUCAUGCAUGUUUGUUACGAUUGAGAACUUAAUAAUGAUAAGAAGUUGAUACUAUGAUAUAUAAUAUGUUUCUCUAUUGACUAUGUAUUUGCUCUUUACAAUGAUUUGUUUCAUAUGUUUUGCAUUUUGGCUAUGAAUGUUAUAACAUUUUAUGCUGAAUAAAUGUUACGUUAUGU